GGUGGUUUAGGAGGCCCAGAAUUCUGCCGGCAGGACACGUGGGAGCCAACUGCGGGGAUUUUAAGGGGUCUGAAGGCCAUAAGCGUUGGGAGGUUUGUAAUGUAUCUAUGGAAGUUACAAAGUAUAUCUUAUUUUUUUCUUUUAUCAAAUAUUUUUACUUACCAUUUAUAAAAGUAAUGCUAAACGGCUUAUCAGUUACAUGUAUGCUCAACACCAUUUCUCACCUCUACUUGAACACCAGGACCUGAAAGAAUCCCUCAACAUGAAGCUGAGUCUUACCAAGGUAGCUAAUGGCUGUCGCCUAGGAAAAAUAAAAAACCUAGGCAAAGCAGGGGACCGCACCAUGGACAUCCCAGGCUGCCUUCUGUACACCAAGACUGGCUCUGCCCCACACCUGACCCAUCACACCCUGCAUAAUAUCCACGGCGUGCCUGCCAUGGCUCAGCUUACCCUGUCCUCACUGGCAGAACAUCAUGAAGUCUUGACAGAAUAUAAGGAAGGAGUUGGGAAGUUUAUAGGCAUGCCAGAGUCUCUCUUCUACUGCUCUCUGCAUGAUCCAGUCAACCCCUGCCCAGCUGGUUAUGUAACAAACAAGUCUGUGUCUGUGUGGGGUGUUGGAGGACGAGUAGAAAUGACUGUUUCCAAGUUCAUGGCAAUUCAGCAGGCUCUUCAGCCAGACUGGUUCCAGUGCCUCUCAGAUGGAGAAGCAUCUUGUGCAGAAGGAACUUCCAUAAAAAGAGUCAGAAAGUCUGUUGACCGAUCGCUUCUAUUCCUGGAUCAUUGUCUGCGUGCACAGGAAGAGUCAGAGGUCCUCCAGAAAAGUACGAUCAUUGGUGUGAUUGAAGGUGGAGACGUGAUGGAGGAGAGGCUGAGGUCAGCACGAGAGACAGCCAAGCGGCCUGUAGGCGGUUUCCUUCUGGAUGGCUUUCAAGGGAAUCCAACAACUCUGGAGACUAGACUGAACUUGCUGUCAUCAGUUACCUCAGUGCUACCGGAAGACAGACCGAGGCUCAUCUGUGGUGUUAGCCGGCCAGAUGAGGUGCUUGAGUGCAUUGAAAGAGGAGUGGACUUGUUUGAGAGUUUUUUCCCUUAUCAAGUGGCAGAGCGGGGAUGUGCCCUGACUUUCAGCUUUGAUUACCAGCCGAAUCCUGAGGAGACAUUAUUACAACAAAAUGGGGUACAGGAAGAAAUAAAGUAUGUGGAUCAAACAAAGAAAAUUAAAACUACCAGUUGUGACCAAGAAAUGACACCAUUUGAAAUUAACCUGAAAGAAAAAAGGUACCAGGAGGACUUUGACCCAUUGGUGAGAGGGUGUCCCUGUUACUGCUGUAAGAACCACACUCGUGCGUACAUCCACCACUUGCUGGUGACCAGUGAACUGUUGGCCGGGGUCCUGCUUAUGAUACACAACUUUGAACACUAUUUUGGAUUUUUCCACUCUAUCCGGGAAGCACUAAAAAGUGACAGACUGGCACAGUUGAAAGAGCUCAUCCGCAGGCAAGCAUCUUGAGACCUGGCAUACAGACAUCUGACCUCUCAUUGAGCCAGUGCCACUGUGGUAAGGUGGGAAGGAGAGAACAAGAAACGAUCUUAGCUUUCAUCAUUUAUAUUUGAGAAUAAGGUCUGCUCAGGUAAGGAAUGUCUGUACCAGAUUGUGUCCACAUGAGGCCAAAGAGAUUUUUCACUAAAGACUGAAGUGAUCUGGAUUGAUCAGAAAGAAUUGAACCAUGACCUUUAAUAUUUCAGUGCUGAAAGUCAACAGAGAUUUGUUUAGUCAAAGACAGAAGUUUCAGAGAUGAAGAGACAGCCUUGAAGUGGCGGUGAUGAGAUUCUGAGGGUUCGCUGAGUUGGAGUGGAGCUUAAAGGGAGGUGAUUGGUCAUGAGUAGCAUGACCUGGUGGACACGUGCCUAUUGACUGGAGAAGGAAUCUAGUUGAUUCAGAUGUUUUCUUUAAUUCUUAUAUUCUCAGGAGCCCCUUCUGGACACUUCUGUCUUCCCAGCUGCCCCAGCAGUACAGUCUGUCAGAAAGGGCUCUUGUGACUUAAACAGGCUCUCAUCUCCCUGGAAAGUGGGGCUCACAUGUCACUCCUCUGACCGGUUGCCCCAGCGCACACUCGUUCAUUUGGCUACAUGGUCUACUUAUGACUUGUCUCCCUAGACCUAGCUGUAUCUAGUUGUACAGGUCCACUGUAUCCACCCUGCAGGUUCAUUUAUAGACUGACCACAUAACUGGAGCUCCAUCUCUUGGGGAGAGUCCUUUACCAUGUGUUCACUUGGACAGAGCUUUGGACUGGCAGUUAGAGGACAGGGUUUCAGUGCUACUCACCUUUUAAUUCCUGUUUUCUCCUGAAUAAAUGGAGACAGACAUAGUAGAUAGGACUGAAGGAACUUUGAAGAUUCCAUCUAGCUCUAAUAUUUGGGGAACAGAAACUUUGAGAUUAGAGUCGUAGCCUUACUUAUUCUUGUUUAUUUAUCACUAUUGGCCUGAUGAAACAUUCAGCCAGGAGUCAGGCAACAGUAGAGAUAUUUGAGAGCCUAAAAAGAGGCUUGGCCUGUGGAUUUUGAAGCGGUUGGUGAAUUGGCAUUAGCAGAUCCUGAGGCUGGAAAGACCAUUCCGGAUCAUCUCUGAUUCCGUGAGUUUUCCCUGCUCCUGUCAAAGGGGUGACACCUGUGCUGCUGGCCUGACAGAUGAUUUUCACUUUUUUGUGUGCUUUUCUAUAUUUAUGAAAUUUUCUAUAAGGAUACAAAUACACAGACAUGUAUAUACAUAGUUUUGUAAAAAUAACAACAAAACCCAAAAGAUGCCUUUGUUUUGUGUG